AUGUGUAAUUGGUGUUGUAAGAAAAAGAAUGAAUGUCCUUGUCCUUGUCCUGAAUAUAAGAAAAAAUUUGGAUAUAAGAAAGAGAAGCCUCCACCUGAGAGUAGUGUGGAAGAAAGUGAUGAUGAAUAUUAUAAAUGGAAAAAUAAUUGGGAAUGGGAGAGCACUUAUCAUAAAAAUUAUAAAUGGUGUAAAUUAUGUUAUGAAGCUAAACGUUAUAGUAAAAGUACUAGUCAUAAUUCUUAUAAUUGUAGAUAUAGGAAAACGGAACCAUUUGUGAAAAAAUUUAAAUGUUCGUUUUGUUCUAAGUUAUAUUUUCCUAAAUAUCAUGAUGAAGGUUUCAUAUGUUGGAAAUAUCUUCCUUAUGAUGAUCCUAGAUGUUGGAAUCCCAAUUGGUAUAAAGAUGAUGAAAAUAAUUAG